GCCGAAGUGUAUAAAUUGCAGAUGACUUACUAGCUUAUAUAUUCUCUUAAUACUCUUGCCUCUAAGCAGUGCCAAAAUAUCAACUGAAGCGGUAUUCAGCCAGCAACUGAAUGCACAAAUAUGGCUCUAUUUGGGAAGGUCCUGGAGCCGGUGGGCUACAUGCAGACAAUGCGAGCCUUGGUGCUGGGCAUCUGCUCAUUCUUGGAUGGCUCGGCCAAAGUAGACGAGAUUGAUUUUGUGAAAAAGAAUUUGGAUCUGAUUGAUCGGGAGCUGGGUACAGGGCAAGGACUUCUGAAGGAUGCAGAGGUGCAUAGCUUUGAAGAUGAUGUGGUGGUGGUGUACUACCAGCUGGGGGCAGUCAUCAGAGCAGAGCGUGAGCACACCAAGACAGAGACAGAAGUCUUUCUGCGCUAUGUGUCAGAGUACCGUCUGGAGAGACAGCUGACAGCUCUCUACAAUCGGCUAAUGGGGGUCUCAGUGUUGACAAACCAGCCCACGCUACUUGACAACAUUGUGAGAGACUAUCAACCCAAGCGCUGGGAAAUGAGAGAAUUCUGUGAGAAGGUGAACUUUGUCCUUGGUACCGGUUUGUUGUGCCUGUUCACUCAGGCCUCACUGACAGGCAGGGAUCAGGCCCUGCUCAUUAAAACUUGGUCUGAAAAGAUGGGAGCCCUCUACAAGAAGAUGAAGGCAGUCUCCUGUCAGUGUGCAGGUUACUUUCAGGAGCAAGCCAAAGCCGAUGUCAGCAGACUGUUGCAAGUAGGAAAAAAGAGGGAAACCUUAUGGGAGGAGCAGGCCUCAACCAUCCUGAAGACUCUUGAGAAAAACUAUGAUUGGCUGCGCUGGGCAGUAAUGAUACACAAGGAAAGUAGAAAGGUGGAGGAAGAGAAGCAGAAUGAGCAACCUGAUGUAGAGAAAAGCACAAGUAAGAAUUUCAUUUGUGUUGGGGACUCGUCAGGUGAGCAGGUAGUCGUUUGCUACCGUGACACUCCAUCUUCUCUGGACAAGAGCCGCAUUCACCAGCUGAUUGUAGACUUGGAAUGGAAGAUUCCUAACCCUCCACCAGAUGUGUAUGCCACCAUUGAAGCUGACCCAAUGUACGCCCGUUCUUACCUGGCAAGCAGAAUGCAACAGAAGCUGGAAGAAGGCCUUGGCGAAAAUGUAUUAGUACACGUGGUUCCUGACAAGAUGGAAGUGAAGUGUAACUUCCCCCAGGCAUCCUUUUUUCAGUAUGAAUAUAAACAUCGUCUAGCCUCUGGGACAGUGUGUGUUUUUGGGUAAAAAGAAUAAUUUAGAAGGAAGGACAUGGAGAUUUUCAAGAAGAAAAGGCAGGAUGGGUGGUGCAUGGCUUUUCUCUGUGGAGCGGAUGUUUUUCCAAUAUUGAGUUUAGUGUUUCUUUGUAAUAAAAUUCCUUUACUAUUUAUUAAUAAAUCAG